AUGAGCGGCACGGCUGAAUGCUCGCUAUGGUCCACGCUGUUGGCAACGGCGCUCAUGGGAAAGGAGAGUACACAGAGGCUUGUUGUGGAGGACACUACAGGACGGGUCCCGCAGACAGAAGCCAGAGCCCAUGAAAGGACGCCGAUGAUGAGGUCUGUUGGGGUCGUUCUCCUCAUAUCAAACUUGUCUUGGGUCAUCUCUGCUCCUCUACAAACAGAGACCAAAGAGCUGCAGUACCUCAUAGAACCACCGGUCUUUGCCGAAGUCUCCGGCCGCAGAGGGGACAACGUGACCCUCCCCUGUUUACUGAAGCACAAGCCCAAGAACUACAAAGUCAAAUGGACCAAGCUGGAGCCGGAGCCGACGGGGAAACAGAACGUGGUCAUGAUUCUGGGCGCUCACGGCUACAGACCGUACGGGCGUCUGGGAGAGCGCGCCUCGCCACGGAACGCCCACGUCAUGGAUGUGUCUCUGCAGAUCAGUCAUGUGACCCUGGAGGACGGCGGACGCUACAGCUGCGAGCUCAUCGACGGCCUCCACGACGAGAGAGUGGUCGUCACUUUGAGCAUUGAAGGAUUGGUGUUUCCGUAUCAGAGCAAACAUGGCCGCUACAAGUUCACCUUCCGGGCGGCACAGGAAACGUGCGCUGAGAAUGACGCCACUCUGGCCACGUUCGACCAGCUCUACAGAGCAUGGACAGCAGGUCUGGACUGGUGUAACGCUGGUUGGCUCCUGGAUGGGACGGUGCAGUACCCCAUCAUCCAGCCUCGAGCGGCCUGCGGGGGCGGGAUGCAGCCUGGGGUUCGCAGUUAUGGCCCCAAGGACAAGAACCACGACCACUUUGACGCCUUCUGCUUCACCUCGCUGGCAGCCGGAUCCGUGUUCUACGUCCGUGGCUCGCUCUCCGCGUCGCAGGCCACCGUGGCGUGUGCAGAGCAGGGAGCGCAGCUGGCGGCCGUGGGGCAGAUGUACUCCGCGUGGCACUUUCACCAGUUGGACCAGUGCGACGGGGGCUGGCUGCGGGACGGCAGUGUGCGCUUCCCCAUCAGCAACCCCAGGGGGCGCUGUGGCGGGGGCGCAGAAGCCGGGGUGCGCUUCUUCGGCUUCCCGGACCCAAGGGUGCAUCAUUACGGAGCUUACUGCUACAGGGAGUGA